CAAGCUUGAAUUACACCUUACAUUGCCAUAAUAGAGAUCUGGCUUUUUGUGGAACUUGCAGGCAGUGAAAUCAAGUGAAAUCUGCACAUUUCCACCCACAACCAGUACAAUUGCAGAGACUUGAACAACAACAUUAAACCCAAUUAGCCUGAAACAAAUUUCAAUUAAUUUGCAAUUUCACAAUGUCAUGGAACGGACUAAAGAAAGCCAUCAACAGGGCGGGAGCCCAGGUGAUGUUGAAGACUGGUCAGAUAGAGCUGAGUACAGAUAAAGAGUUUGAAUUUGAAGAGCAUAGGUAUAGAGCCAUGGAAACGACGUCUACAAAGCUCCAGCGUGAACUAAAGCACUACAUGGAGUCAUUGCGGUUGCUCAGUAAUGCACAGAUUAAUGUGGGAGAAUCACUCAGCUCUUUCUACGGAGCUUCACCCAGUCUGGAACUUGGAGCCGAUAAGAGCACCGUUAAGCACAGCGAGUUGUCGCAGUUGUAUUAUGAUGUCGUAAAGGACUUAAGUGAGAAGUGUUUCACUGAUGUAGAAACACCGUAUAACCAGACAGUGUUAAACCCGGUGUCAAGGUUCAAUUCGUACUAUGUAGAAGUCAACGAGGCUAUAAAGAAGCGAGCAAGAAAACAGAUCGAUUACGAUGCCUUGAAGAGUAAAGUCAAGAAGCUUAUAGAAAAACCAAACUCAAGUGAUGCUGAAUAUGAAACCAAACUAGCUUCAGCGCAAUCAGACUUACAGGAGCUGGAAAAAACGUAUUUGGCUUUGAAUGAUCAAUUGAAGGAUGAGUUGCCCAAACUAGUCAAUCUUCGGAUUCCGUUCCUAGACCCACUGUUUGAGGCAUUCGUCAAGAUCCAGUUGAGGUUCUUCACUGAAAGCUACGAGGAGUUAAACAAUUUACAAAUGAAACUUGAUGCAAAGACAAGAGAGGAUUAUAUAAACGGAAAGUUGGACAAGAAAGUGGAUGAUGUGUUGGUCAAAAUGAAGGAACUCAACAUCACAGGGUAAUGACUAUAUGAUAGUGUAGAUGAAUAGAAAAAUUAGAAUUUUGU